GCCCGGGCACGGGCACUGCGCUUCGCUCCGCGCCGCUCCGCGCAGGGCUCCGCUCGGCCCCGCAGCGGGGGCAGGGCCGGGCCGGGCCGGGCCGAGCCGGGCGGGGGGGGGGGGGCGCGCCCACCGCACCGCACCGCACCGCACCGCACCGCACCGCACCGCACCGCACCGCGGGGAUGUGAGCGGAGGCUCCGCCGGCAGCGCCCGCCGCUCCGCGCCCGCUCCGCGCCCCGGGAAGAUGCUGAGCAGGUGGAUGAGUGGCAGCAGCAGGAACCUGGACCGCGAGUACAACUGCACCGUGCGGCUGCUGGACGACAGCGAGUACACCUGCACCAUCCAGAGAGAUGCCAAGGGCCAGUACCUCUUCGACCUUCUCUGCCACCACCUGAACCUGCUGGAGAAGGACUACUUCGGCAUUCGGUUCGUGGACCCCGACAAGCAAAGGCAUUGGCUGGAAUUUACCAAGUCGGUUGUGAAGCAGAUGAGGGCCCAGCCUCCCUUCACCAUGUGCUUCCGCGUGAAGUUCUACCCCACGGACCCCGCUGCCCUGAAGGAGGAGAUCACCAGGUAUUUAGUCUUCCUGCAGAUAAAAAGGGAUCUCUACCACGGCCGUCUCCUCUGCAAGACUUCGGAUGCUGCUUUGUUGGCCGCCUAUAUCCUUCAAGCCGAGAUUGGGGACUACGACCCAGGGAAGCACCCGGAAGGCUACAGCUCCAAGUUCCAGUUCUUCCCCAAACACUCGGAGAAGCUGGAGAGGAAAAUUGCAGAGAUCCACAAGUCGGAGCUGAGUGGGCAGACACCAGCUACUUCAGAGCUGAAUUUCCUCAGGAAAGCCCAGACUCUGGAGACCUACGGGGUUGACCCGCACCCUUGCAAGGACGUGUCGGGGAACGCGGCGUUUUUGGCCUUCACUCCCUUUGGUUUUGUUGUUCUGCAGGGAAACAAGAGAGUGCACUUCAUCAAGUGGAACGAGGUGACCAAAAUGAAAUUCGAAGGGAAGACUUUCUAUUUGUACGUAAGUCAGAAGGAGGAAAAGAAAAUUGUUCUUACCUAUUUCGCCCCGACGCCAGAAGCCUGCAAGCACCUCUGGAAGUGCGGGAUAGAAAACCAGGCUUUCUACAAGUUGGAGAAGUCGAGCCAGGUCCGGACGGUGUCCAGCAGCAACUUGUUCUUCAAGGGAAGCCGGUUCCGAUACAGUGGCCGCGUUGCAAAGGAGGUGAUGGAGUCCAGCGCCAAGAUCAAGAGGGAGCCCCCUGAGAUUCACCGGGCAGGGCUGGUGCCGAGCCGGAGCUGCCCCUCCAUCACCCACGGCCCCCGCCUGAGCAGCGUGCCCCGCACCCGGAGGAGAGCUGUGCACAUCUCCAUCAUGGAAGGCCUGGAGUCUCUGCGUGACAGCGCCCACUCCACCCCGGUGCGCUCGGCCUCCCACGGCGACGCCUUCGCGGCCCCCGGCCGGAGCGGCCGCGCCGAGAGCAGCGAGCGGGUGGCCGUCAUCGCCGACGAGAACUACAGCCCGGCGGACAGCGUGCUGCCCACGCCGGUGGCCGAGCACAGCCUGGAGCUGAUGCUGCUCUCGCGGCAGGCGAACGGGGCCCCGUGCAGCAUCGAGGAGGAGAAGGAGUCGGAGGCCGGCACGCCGGCGGCGGCCGAGGCGGAGGAGGCGGGCGGCGAGCUGCGGGCCCUGUGCCCGGGCGCCGGCGGCCUGGGGGCGGCGCAGGCCGAACAGGUGAAUAAGUUUGUUUUAAGUGUCCUCCGUUUGCUCCUUGUGACAGUUGGACUCCUCUUUGUUUUGCUCCUCCUCCUGAUCGUCCUUACCGAGUCCGACCUUGACACUGCCUUUUUCCGUGAUAUCCGCCAGACCCCCGAGUUCGAGCAGUUCCAUUACCAAUACUUUUGUCCCCUCAGGCGAUGGUUUGCCUGCAAAGUCCGCGCCGUGGUAAGCCUGCUCAUUGACACCUGAAGGCAGGAGUCGCCCGUAACUAGCCGGGGGCCUGGGGAGAGACCCGCCGCCGUCCUUCGGCACACUCACUAAUCCUCCCUUCCCGACCCGCGGCGCGGCCCCGGAGGCGGCUUUCCGGGAGGAAGAGGGGGGGUGGGCGCAGCCCCCGGGGCCUCCUCCUCCCCGCGCCCAGCCGCGCUGCUGCUCCCACCCCUGGAGCCCGCACAACACCCUACCGCCCCGACUCACAGACGCGCGUACGACUGCGGAAGCACCGAGCAAAGAGAGGAAUUUAUUUCACUCUUGCCACCCAUCAUCGUGCGAGCAUCAGCCGGGAGGCUCGCGAUGCUGCGUUACGCAGGAGCUUUAGCAAUGGUGCUACUGAGUAUUGAGUUAAACACUCGUGUGCUGGUACGUUAUUAAAUCCGGCACGGCGCACGCCACCACCGCCACCUCCCAAGUACUGCUUUGCAGAAUCCCCUCCCUGCUACCCGGAGCCUCCUACGUGGCGAUGCGCGGCGUGAUGCUGUCAGGGGACGCCCAGCGUCGCCCGGUCCCAGGCGCGCGACCGGCCCCCGCGGCACAGCAUCGCCCAGCGACGGGCAGCCCUCGCCCCGCGCGGCGCACACGGCCUCUCCUCACGGCUGCUGAGCCUUGAAGCGCCGGUGCUCCCCAGGGCAGGGAGAGCUCGCCCGGCACCCCUGGCCAAGCCCGGGCGCGUCGCCAGUAGGGACGGUGUCGGAUUUAUUAGGAAGACCUUUAGCCUCCGAAAGUCGUACCUGUUUUGUACAAAAAAAAAAAAAAAAAAAAAAAAAAAAAAAACAAAAAAAAAACCACAACACCAAAACAAACAAAAAAAAAGAACAACAAAAAAAAGAGACUGUUUCAAGGUCUAUUUUAACAACGAAAUGCUAUUUUGUUAUCGAAUCUAAUCAAGUCUUUUUUUACGUUCCGGAUGGGGUGACAGAGGUGCGCUGUACCGAGCGGUUCAUGUUGAGCAAAUGGUUUAGGAGUAAACGCUUUUGUAGCCCGGAAGCCUGACACCAGAUUAACCCGUUGCUAGUUUUGGAAUAGAGAAAGGAGCUAUAAUUUUGUGACUUUUCUGACGAUAAAAAGGACAGAACUACAAGAGUGGAGGUGACACUGAACAAGCCAGUGGACGACCAUUAGACCUGUCUGUUCUUAAGCAAAAAUCAAUAAAAAACCAACUCAUCACACUUGUGACAUAACCACCAGGACCUUCAGUGACCUGGGAAGCAGAAGUCUAUGUACACAGGGAGCAAUAAAAGCCAGUUCUGUUAAGUUUUGGUUGAGAAGUUGGACAAACUUAACAAAAAAAAGGUGAAAACAGGUGAGCAAGUUUUAUUUCAUCUCAGGGAGAGAUUUUACGCAAGCUGGGGCCAUAACUGCAGUUUUAAAAAGCCUGAUUUCCGUGUUCUUGUCUCUGAGCAUCCCCCAUCCAUCACCCCACGCCGAGGCCGGCUCCUGCCCGCUCCAGAGCCGCUCAGCCGGCGCCCGGCGAAGGAGCCCCACGGUGACGGUGGGCGAUCCAACCCCACGACAAGUUGGCCAGACUUGGCUCAUUUGUCCCUGCAAUAAAGAGAGAGCUCGUUAACCACUGUUGGUCGGGGUUGGGGCGGGGGGGAUGAAGGCCCGAGCCGCUGUGUCUCACCACUGAGGAUGCAUCCGUGGCCCCCGCUCCCAGCAGAAGGGCCGAGGAGGGUUUGGCGUGGAGCCCCCCCAGCUCUUGGGCAGGCAGGAGACGCUACGGGCGCUGCCAGGAGGCAGAGGAUGGAUUUAUUUUAAUUUUUUUUUACACAAUAUCCUGUUUUAUGCAACAUAGCAAAAUUAACUUUUAGUGUAGUGUUCCUACCUCAGUCCGUAGUUCAUGGUGUUUCUAUGCAGUGCGUGGUAGUCCCAAACCUGAUGUUUCUCGCCCCGGGUUAAAGAUGCAGCGUGUUCCCCCCCCCACUGCUGAUGUACCGGUGAUGUCCCGACAGCACAGCCCUCGCCAGCGCGGUGCCCGGCCCCGCGCCCCGGCACGAGCCGUCCUCCUUCCAGCCCCAGCGCAGCCUCUCGGUCCUGCCCUUGGAAACCCUCCACAGCGGCUUACUCUAGACUAGCCAUUAAUGCCAGCCCUAGUUUACCUCGGCAGUUUUCACCCAGCGUUUUACUGCAAAACCACGAGAACUGGUGAUUUUUCGUUGUCUGUUUUUUCCUGUACGUUCCAUAUUACGUCUUGUGUUUCACCACCUGUUAGUUUUACCUGUCUUUAUAUUAAAAUGUUGUUUCCAUAGAUUCUUAUAUCAGAAAAAAAAAAAAAAAAAAUAAUCUCGUAAUAGCAUACUGCAUCUUUAAGCAGUAGAUGGUAAAAUACCUGAAAAUGUGAAUUUCUUAGUUUUCAUAAAAAAAGAAUCUAGAAAUUAACCUUUCAUGUGCCAAAUACUGUAAGUUACAUUUUUUUCCUUCAAAAAUGUACCUUUUCUACAUAUUCAAUAUCUUAGUUAGCAUAAAAUCAUUGGUGCCAUGAAAAGUAUUUUUAAAUUUAAAUAAAUAUUUAAAUAUCAUGAA